UCUCUUUACCUCCUGAUUCGUAUACUUCUCGACGGCCACCAAAAAGAAAAAACCUUUCUUCUUCAUCGUUUCUGAGCUCACGCCAUGGCCGCCGACGAAUUGAUGCCGUCUCACAGGUCACAUAGGACUCGCCAAGCAGGUCCAACCAUGAAGAAGAAAGCUGCAAUCGAUAAGAUGAAGCGUGGUAUCCCCAUUACCAAGCAGAAGAACCCUAAGGCGUUUGCUUUUAAAUCGGCUGUCAAGGCGAAGAAAGCGCAAUCUCACGCUAUGGAGAAGGAGCAAAGACGACUUCAUGUCCCGACAAUUGAUCGUACUUAUAACGAACCUCCUCCUUUCGUCGUCGUUGUUCAAGGCCCCCCAGGAGUUGGAAAGUCUCUCGUGAUUAAGUCUCUUGUGAAGGAAUUCACCAAGCAGAAUGUACCGGAGGUUCUUGGACCUAUUACCAUUGUAGAAGGUAAGCAUAAGCGGUAUCAGUUUGUGGAGUGCCCAAAUGAUAUCAAUGGAAUGGUGGAUUGUGCAAAGGUUGCUGAUCUAGCCUUGCUUGUGGUAGACGGGAGUUAUGGUUUUGAGAUGGAAACCUUUGAAUUCCUCAAUAUUAUGCAAAUGCAUGGAUUUCCUAGAGUUAUUGGUGUCCUCACACACCUUGAUAACUUCAAGGAUGCAAGCAAGCUGAGGAGAACAAAAAAGUCUCUCAAGGAUCGGUUUUGGACCGAAAUAUGUAAAGGAGCUAAAUUGUUCUAUCUAUCUGGUCUCAUUCAUGGGAAGUAUACACCGCGUGAAGUUCACAACCUCCGCCGCUUUGUAUCUGUUGUCAAGCCUCAGCCAAUAAGGUGGCGAACAUCACAUCCUUAUGUGUUGGCUGAUCGCAUGGAAGAUGUUACCCCUCCCGAGAAAGUUCAGAUGGAUAAAAAAUGCGAUAGAAAUAUCACAUUGUAUGGUUACCUACGUGGUUGUAACUUGAAAAAAGGGAUGAAGGUUCAUAUUGCUGGAGUUGGUGACUACAGUUUAGCUGGGGUGACUGCCUUAAUUGAUCCUUGUCCUUUACCUUCAGCUGGCAAGCGAAAGGGGCUGAGGGACAGGGAUAAGCUUUUUUAUGCUCCUAUGUCCGGGAUUGGAGAUCUUCUGUAUGACAAAGAUGCUGUUUACAUCAACAUAAAUGAUCACCAAGUUCAGUACUCUAAAACUGAAGAUGGAAAUGGAGAACCUACUAAUAAAGGAAAGGGCAGAGAUGUUGGUGAAGAUUUGGUAAAGUCGUUGCAGAACACAAAGUAUUCUGUUGAUGAGAAACUGGAAAAGACAUUCAUUAACUUUUUUGGCAAAAAGACCAGUGCCAGCUCAGAAACAAAAGUUAUGGCUGAAGAUGCGUAUCAAUCUUCACCGGAAGGUUCUGACAACGAGGAGUCUCAAGAUGAUGAGGAUGAUGAAAAGGAUGUAGAGGGUAGUGACAACGAAAUAAAGCAGGUAACUGAGUUUCAUGGUGGAAGGUUGAGGAGGAAAGCUGUCUUCAAGGAUGACAUUGGUGGGAGCGAUGCAAAGGACUCAGAUGAAGAUGAUUUUGAGGAAGCAGACGAUGCUGAAUCGGACUUAGAUGAAUAUAACUCUGAUGAAGCAGAUGAUAUUGAAUUGGACGAAAAUGAAGUUGAAGAUGGUGGAGAUGACUCUGCUUCUGAUUCACCAGGGGAUUAUCAGAUAGAUGAUAAGGACUUUGGUAACAUAUCACAGUGGAAAGCACCCUUGAAGGAGAAUGCCAGAAAGAAGAACCCCAACUUGAUGGACAUUGUGUAUGGAGCAUCGGGAUCAUUAGCUACUCCCUUGAUAAAUGAGAACCAUGACACUAGUGAUGAUGAAGAAAGUGAUGAGGAAGAAUUCUUUAAGCCAAAAGGAGAACAAAGCAAGAAUUUAGGUGGUGGAUGGGAUGUGGGAUAUGUCAACUCAGAGGAUUGUUCUAAAUUUCUGAAUUAUGGUUACCUAAAGAAUUGGAAAGAGAAAGACGUCUGUGAGAGCAUUCGUGAUCGAUUUACCACGGGUGAUUGGUCAAAAGCUGCUCUGAGAGACAAAAAUUCAGGUACUGCCAUUGAGGGAGAAGAUGAUGAACUUUAUGGUGAUUUUGAGGAUCUUGAGACGGGAGACGAGCAUAAAAGCCAUGAGGACAUGGAAUCAGAUGCAUCUGAAAAUGAAGAUGAAGAUGCUGAAGUCGUUGAGCGUAGGCUAAAAAAGCUGGCUCGCCGAGCAAAGUUUGAUGCCGAAAGCACGAAAUCCGAGUUUGAGGAGGAUGACAAUGAUAAAGGUGAUGGGAACAAUCCACUUAGUCAAGCCAAGGAACCAGGAUACUUUGAUAAAAUGAAGGAAGAGCUUGAAAUUAUAAAACAGAGGAAUAAGGAAGAACUCGAUGAUCUUGACGAGGAAACUCGAAUUAAGUUAGAAGGAUUCCGGACUGGAACAUACUUGAGGCUGGAGAUUCACAAUGUUCCUUAUGAGAUGAUUGAAUUCUUUGAUCCUUGUCAUCCAAUUCUGGUUGGAGGUAUUGGUUACGGCGAGGACAAUGCUGGAUAUAUGCAGACCCGGUUUAAGAGACAUAGGUGGCACAAGAAAGUACUAAAGACUAGAGAUCCUAUCAUUGUGUCGAUCGGAUGGAGACGCUAUCAGACUAUUCCCAUAUAUGCCAUUGAAGAUCCCAAUGGCAGACAUCGAAUGCUCAAGUAUACUCCAGAACACAUGCACUGCCUUGCUACGUUCUGGGGUCCUCUUGCUCCACCCGACACCGGUAUUGUCGCUUUCCAGAAUCUGUCAAAUAAUCAGGCAGGGUUUAGGAUAACAGCGACUUCUGUAGUUAUUGAGUAUAAUCACAAGGCCCGUAUUAUAAAGAAAAUCAAGCUUGUUGGGACUCCCUGCAAGAUCAAGAAAAAGACUGCAUUUAUCAAAGACAUGUUCACUUCUGACCUAGAAAUAGCUCGAUUUGAAGGUUCAUCUGUCCGAACAGUUAGUGGCAUUAGAGGACAAGUUAAAAAGGCUGGAAAAAAUAUGCUCGAUAACAAUGCUGAAGAAGGGAUUGCGAGGUGUACCUUUGAAGAUCAAAUCCGUAUGAGCGACAUGGUCUUCUUAAGGGCUUGGACAACAGUGGAAGUUCCACAAUUUUACAAUCCUCUAACGACAGCCUUGCAAUCCCGCGAUAAGACGUGGAAAGGGAUGAAAACUUUUGGAGAACUCCGUAGAGAGCUGAAUAUUCCUAUUCCGGUGAAUAAGGAUUCACUCUACAAGAAAAUCGAAAGAAAGCCAAAGAAAUUCAAUCCGUUAAAGAUAUCAAAGAGUCUACAAAGAGAUCUACCGUUUAAAUCGAAACCGAAGGAUAUACCGAGGCGGAAAAGACAGUCGCUAGAUGCGAGAAGAGCUGUUGUAAUGGAACCGGAAGAAAGAAAAGCUCAUAAAGCCAUCCAGCAAUUUAAGCUACUUGAACAGCACAAGAUGAAGAAGAAAAAAGCAACGGCGCAGAAGAAGAGGGAAGUGUAUGAAGCAGAGAAAGCUAAGAAUGAGGAAAUAAAUAAGAAACGGAGGAGAGAGGAGAGACGUGAGAGAUAUCGUGAGGAAGAUAAACAGAAGAAGAAGAGUAGAAGAAGCCAUGAUUAAUUUCUUUUGUUGCUCCAGACCAGAGAUUCCAAACAAGUCUGUGUAAUGAUGCUUAAAGUUUUGUUUUCAUGUUUGUUCACUGCCUGCUGUAUUGAUUUUUUUUCUCAACUUCUGAAUUAUUAUUUAUCACAAUUUUCUCGAAAAAUCCCAGUCUAUCCCAAAAAUUUUGGAAAUA